GACAUCAUUACAAAGAUGCAAGAUGACAAGACAGGGGGUGUGCCCAUCAGAACAGUCAAGAGCUUUCUCUCCAAAAUCCCCAGUGUCGUCACAGGUACUGACAUUGUGCAGUGGCUUAUGAAGAACCUUUCCAUCGAGGACCCAGUUGAAGCAAUACACUUGGGAAGCCUUAUCGCUGCCCAGGGCUACAUCUUCCCCAUCUCGGACCACGUUCUCACCAUGAAGGAUGAUGGCACCUUUUACCGUUUUCAGGCCCCGUACUUCUGGCCUUCAAACUGCUGGGAGCCUGAAAACACCGACUAUGCCAUCUAUCUCUGUAAGAGGACAAUGCAGAAUAAAGCAAGGCUGGAAUUGGCAGAUUAUGAAGCAGAAAACUUAGCAAGACUCCAGAGGGCCUUUGCAAGGAAGUGGGAAUUCAUCUUUAUGCAAGCGGAAGCACAAGUAAAGAUUGAUCGGAAAAAGGACAAGACAGAAAGGAAAAUUUUGGAUAGUCAAGAACGGGCCUUUUGGGAUGUCCACAGGCCGGUGCCAGGCUGUGUGAACACAACAGAAAUGGAUAUCAGAAAAUGUCGACGAUUGAAGAAUCCACAAAAGGUUAAAAAGUCGGUGUAUGGCGUGACUGAAGAGUCCCAGUCGCAAAGCCCAGUGCACAUACCCAGCCAGCCAAUCAGGAAAACUACAAAAGAGGACAUCCGGAAACAGAUAACGUUUUUGAAUGCACAGAUUGACAGACACUGUUUAAAAAUGUCCAAAGUGGCUGAAAGCUUAAUCGCUUACACGGAACAGUAUGUGGAAUAUGAUCUGUUGAUUACGCCAGCCGAGCCGUCCAAUCCCUGGGUCAGCGACGAUAUUGCUUUAUGGGACAUAGAGAUGAGCAAAGAGCCCAACCAGCAACGGGUAAAGAGAUGGGGCUUCUCUUUCGACGAGAUAUUGAAGGACCAGGUGGGGAGGGACCAGUUUCUACGGUUCCUGGAGUCCGAAUUCAGUUCAGAAAACCUCAGGUUCUGGUUGGCUGUCCAAGAUCUCAAGAAGCAACCCCUACAGGAUGUGGCCAAGAGGGUGGAAGAAAUCUGGCAAGAGUUUCUGGCUCCAGGAGCCCCAAGUGCAAUCAACCUGGAUUCUCACAGCUAUGAGAUAACCAGUCAGAAUGUCAAAGAUGGAGGGAGAUACACAUUCGAAGAUGCUCAGGAGCACAUCUACAAGCUGAUGAAGAGUGACAGCUAUGCGCGCUUCCUCCGGUCAAAUGCUUACCAGGACUUGCUGCUGGCCAAGAAGAAGCCAGAAAGUGAGCAAGGUCGUAGAACUUCCUUAGAAAAGUUCACUCGCAGCGUGUGCUGCUGGCGCAGAGUCAGAAUGGCCGCUGCAUUUCACCCCCGAGGUGGCUUCCUUCCAGCAGUGGGGAAAGUCGCUGGCGGGCAAGCGCCUCACCGGCCUGAUGCAGUCCUCCUGACGGUUCCCACCGCAGGGCCCGGGGACGAGAACCACGCGGGCAGGCGGCGGCGCUCCACAUCCGCGGACAGAGCCUCCUUAAGGGGAGAUCUGGUCACUGUGAAGGAGAAAGAGUGA